AUGCAUUUCAAGCACAACCAAUUAAUAGUAUGGUCAUCAAGAUUAUCAAGACAGAGGUUCAGCGAUGCCAAUGAAAGUACAGUAGGAGACGGGCCUGCUACACAAAGCCAAGGUGUGCUAUUGAGAUAUAUUUAUUAUCAACAACAACAACAACUACAACAACGACAACAACAACAUUUUGAAAUAUUAUCUAUUAGAUUAAUAACAAUAGAAAUUAUAAAAUGUAACGCAGAAACAAUAACAUUUAGAGCAGAUCUCCAAAUAUCAAUGACAAUUGAAGGUUUUUAUUGUUAA